AUGAAUCAUGACGGAUUCCGUCACGGAAUCGAUCAUAAAUUAAUUAUUCCAAUUAUGUGUUCAACAACUGAAAAUCGUUCCAGUAGUAUCUCUAAUAAUAAUAAUAAUGGCAGUAGUAGUAAUAGUAGCAGUACAAAAAAUAGUCGAGAGAGUAGUCCAUUGUCAUUGAUUUAUAGGUGUAUCGAAUGUAAACAAGUAGCUCAUUUUACAGAUUGUUAUGUUAAUAGUAACAAUGACCAUGUCUGUUGUAAAUGUUUUAAACAAUAUUUAAGAUCUAGGUUAUUACAAAGAUUGGAAAGAAAGAAAUUUCUAAAAAGACAAAAAAAAUUACUUCAACAACAUAGUCAAAAUUUUAACUUGGAGCAAAAGAAAAAGAAACAAAAAAAUACUAAGGUUUCCAAUAACAAACAACAACAACAAAGUAGCGACAAGGAUAAUAAUGAACAAAGUGGUAGCGAUGAUGAUGAUUAA